AUGCAGUUCCUCAACUUUCUCCUAGCUUUUCCGGUCGUCCUACUCCAGCUUGCCGGAGUCGCCCACGCCGCUCCCCGUGGUGCCCCCAACACGACCACCCUUCCCGGUGUGAUCGUCCAUAACACCAACGGCUUCGAAUGGCUCUCCCUGCCUUCCUCUGCCAAUUUCUCCCUUCCUGCUUUAAACCUCACGAAUCUUCUUGAGCUCUCCUUCGCCGGCCUUCCGCUCCCCGAUCUCCCCUCCGGCAUUCCCGCCCCCAGCCGCCUCUCCAACCAGAUCGUCGUCCAUGCAGCCGUCAACACGCUCCACUGCGAGACCUCGGACGCCCCACCGUACCGCAUGUACUCCGAAAAGAUUCUUGAGGCGCUAAAGAAGAUGUCGAAUAAGUGGUGCUGCAUCGACAAGGCGGCGAACGGCGGCGACCCGUGCAUCAGGAUGCUCAGCGCAGGAUUCCCCAAGCCCGGUGCUGCCGCUACCGAUAUCUGCAACUACUCCCACCUCAACCAUAUCUGCAUGACUUGUGGUACUGCCGCGCAGGCCAUUGAGAUGAUCCUCGAUGGGUGUACCAAGGGCGAGAUCGUGAACUGGAAACAAGCGGGUGGUUAA